AUGUACUCUCACUUAAUUGCGGCCUUGUUGGUCCCCGUUGUUUCAACAUACGCCCAUGUGGUUAACCAAGAUUGGAACACGGAAGCUUCCAACUUUCUUGGCUGGGGCUCGGCAGGCACCAAUGAACCAGUCGACCAUGGAGUCUUCGAAAAGCGAAGUACCACGACCUGUGGUCCCUCUGCCAACAACGCCGUCUGCGCAUCGAACCUUUGCUGUGGGCCCAAUGGGACGUGUGGAACGGGAUCCUAUUAUUGCGAUGCCCCGGCCUGUCUUUUCAUGUAUGGCCCGGCCUGCGAUGCCAAUCAGACUCCUGCCGGUGUCAAUACUACCUCGGUGCCUCGACCAAAGAUAGGCAGCACUAAAUACGGAAUCAGUAUCAAGGACUGCGGUAUCCCGGGAAAGGUUGCCCUCACAUUCGACGAUGGCCCGUAUAUCUACACGUCGGCUCUACUCGAUAUCCUGAAAGAAAAAGGGGUCAAAGCCACGUUCUUCCUCGUCGGUAACAAUGGCGGCAAAGGGCAGAUCAAUGACGCGAAGACUGGUUAUCCGACCCUCAUCCAACGCAUGUACAAUGAGGGCCAUCAGAUCGGGAGUCACACGUGGAGUCAUCAAGACUUGUCUACCUUGACUCGCCAGCAGCGGUACGAUCAAGUGGUUAAGAACGAGAUAGCUCUGACGGACAUUCUUGGAUUUUUCCCUACUUAUCUCCGUCCACCAUAUGAGUCCUGCAAUGCAGGUUGCUUGAACGAUCUGAAAGACCUGGGCUAUCACGUUGCAAACUAUGACAUCGACACGGUCGACUGGCAAGGAAACUACACACAUAGCCAGAGUAUUUUCUCCAGCAGCGUCAAAUCCGCCAGUCCAGCAACUCGCGGCUUCAUCUCCCUCGCGCACGAUAUUCACGAAAAAACGGUCCACAACUUUGCAGCAUACACGAUUGAUACCCUCCGGGCCGCGGGCUACACCACCGCUCUCUACGGCGAAUGUAUGAACGAUCCGCCCGCCAAUUGGUAUCGCAAUCCCACGACGGGCCAGCCAUACAGUGGUGGUUCGCACUACAAUUCAACUACGACCAAUGUCAAGUCAGUCGCCUCUGGUAGCAACAACUCGACGACAACGAGCACCAGUCACACCUCGAGUACGGCGACCCCGAGUGCGGUCGUCGGUGGCGAGGGGGCUUUUGGAAGUCGGACGGGGAAUUCGACAGUCAGCGGUACAGAUGGCACCGCCAGUAGUGCGGAUGGAACUGCUGUGAAGAGCCAGUCGACAUCGGGUGUGGGCUCGACACUAUCAGAAACGGCGGGAACAUUCGUAGGGUUGAGCUUGACAUGGGCAAUGCUAAGUUGGAUACUCUGGUGA